GUCAACGCUAUAUAUAAGUAUAGCAGCAUACAGUAGCUGCGUACUUAUAUGUAUUCCGUGUGUAUUGGUAACUGCAGUAAGUAUAAAAACGAUAACAAAUCAAGCUUAAGAAGUGAAAGUGUGGCAGUAGUGGUAUUAUACAGCGGAUGAUCCACGGUUUGUCCUAGAACAUUACACUUGUAGUAGGUACCUAUGCAGUACAGAAACACGGAAGUGAGCUUGAAUGUGUCGUUGUCGUCGUCGAAGCUGUCACGGGACUACUGUUAAAAACAAAAACGUGAAAUCUUCCCUUAUUUCCUUGGCUCUUUAAAAUUUGUGCAAAAUGGCUCAUUGGUUUCACCGAAACGUCCUCAAAGCGACGACGAACCACAAGUUCGAGCUGAAACACAGCGAUCCCACGGAUGCGACGAAAAAGCUUUGCAGUGAUUUGAAAACCUGCCGGAAUCGACUUCUGGAGCUGAUCAAGAAUCCGAACAAUACAAGCACUUCGGUUGAGCCUGCUUUUGUUGCUUAUCUAUCCCUGCUCUACGGAUUCAUGUGGGAAGUGGAUGCUGAACAGGUUGGCAGACCGAAUCCCAGCAAACUCAGUAAUGCAUUUGUUUUCAAGUGGACUCAUACUCUUCUUGGGCCGGGAACUAUAUCUUUUGCUGACUCUAUUUAUGAAGCAGCAAACAUGAGCAUGAAUCUUGGACUAUGGUUUAUGAAGCAUGCUGCAAUGAUAGCUGCUAAAGAAGAUAUUACAAUGAAUGAAGCUAAAGAAGUACACAGCAUGUUACGAAGAGCAGCUGGGGUAUUCACUUUUGUACAAACAGAAUUUUUACCCCAAUUGUCUAAUCCGCCUCCACUUGGUAGUGACUUAGAUCCUAGAGUAAUUAAUGCAUAUGUCAAUCAAUGUACUGCUGAAGCUCAAGAAGUGACUGUUGCCCGAGCUGUAGAACUGAAGCACAAUGCCAGUUUAAUCUCAGCUUUAGCUAAUGAGACAAGCAAAUUGUUUCUGGAUGCAGCCAAUACUCUGAGAUCCUUCAAACCUGAAAUUUCAGGACAGUGGAUCAAGUAUUUAGAGCUUAAAUCAAUGUUUUAUCAAUCUUAUGCUUACAACUAUUGUGGCGAAAAUUUGCUAGCUAUGGACAAAUGUGGAGAAGCAAUAAGAGCAUUGAAAGAAAGUGAAGCAUGCUUGGUUAAAGCAAAAAAUUUUUGUCAAGAAUAUGGCAAAACACAUGGACCAGCUCCACGCGUAAAACCAGAUCAACAUACUGUAUUUAAACGUUUAGCUCCUCUUGUCAAACGAACACUAGACAAAUGUGAACGUGAGAAUGGAUUGAUAUAUCAUGACUCUGUUCCUGACGAAGUACCUGCUCUAGAUACUAAGGCUACAUAUGGUUUAGUAAGUCCCAUUGACUUUCAGAUGCCAGCCCAUCAUUCCUUAUGGAAUCUAGGCAUCUAUAAAGCAUUGACUGGUGUUGUAGCACCACAAGUCAGCAAAGAGCAAGAUUUGCCCCCAGUAAAAGAAGAGGCAAUACCACAAAGCAAUAAGGAACCUAAAAAUGAAAGUGGCUGUAUUUUGCAGUAAAAAAGUACUACAUGCUAUAAAUAAGAAAGAGAAAAUGGUUCUAAACCAUGCUAAAUGCGCAAAGCUUUUACAAAUCAUUGUUUUAAUACUAAUUAUGCAAAUAUGGUUUGCAAAGCUGAGAUUCUGAUAUUAGUAUUAUUGGACCUAGUCAGUAUAUAUUAUUUUUAUUGUAUCUACUUCUAUUUUAACAGAAUAAAAUUCGAAAAUUGUUAAAAUAACUAGAUAAAAGUAUAAAUAAUUGAAAAAUGUUGAGAUCGUUUUAAACGUAUAUUCUUUUACUUGUAUCUUGUAUUUUAAUUGCCUGUUGACUUUUGUAAAGGAUUUUUCUUUCCUCUUGAUUUUGAUUGUAAAACACUCAAAAUGAUAUUUAUUUAAUAUUACAAAAUAAAAUAGAGAAUAUUUUACUGUACGACAAUUAUGUUAGUGAUCAUUUAUACAAAUACUUAUAAAUAGUAAGUAUAUUUGUAAUAAUUACUGUCAUUUAAAUAAACAUGCUAUAAUUUUUAUUCCACAAA